AUGGCCACAAUCUGCAUAUCAAACAACCGCGAGAAGAAAGACACCGGAUUGGUCCACUUCCCAAGGUCGGCCAAGUACGUGAACCUCUACAAGUGGCCGGAAUCAGAGCUGCUGAUACGGACAAUGAGUUCCCCGGCGGAUGAAGGCGGCGGCGGCGGAGGAGGACAUUCAGGGAAGUAUAAUUACUUACUGUACCCGCCGAGUACUCCUAGGUUGGUGGACAGCGCCUCUUGCCGGCAAUUGUAUCUAAGAAGUGCCUACACGUUUUCGAGGAAACAGAGCGUACAUGAAAGAACCAAGAAAUGUUUUGGGAAGGUUAAGGAGAGGGUUGGGGUUGCCACCGUAGCCGCCGCGAGAAAGUUCCAGUCUCGUCCGCCAGCCGCCGCCGGCGGCUUCAGGAGGACGAGGGGUAGUAGUUGUAGGAUAAAGACGAGGGUUUUCUGGUUUCCUCUGAAGCUCAGUAUGGAAAGUUCAGCAGAUGAGUACGAAGAGUUUAAAGAACGAGUGAGGAGGACAAUAUACGUGGACAACUUGUCCCCUCAAGUGACUGAAGCUAUUCUAAAAGCAGCUUUCGAGCAGUUCUGUGAUGUGGUAAACAUCAAAUUUAUCCCGAACAGUGUUUACCCGUCACACCUCCCCUGCGCUGCUUUGCUGGAAGUGAAGACAGAAAGUUCGGCUAGAGCAGUGGUUGAAGCUAUGUCUAGCGCCCCGUUCAUGAUUUGUGGGAUGCCGAGGCCUGUGAGGGUUUGUGCUGCAGAAGAAGGAAUGUUUGAUGACCGUCCCACAAAACCAGACAGGAGGAUGACUUUCCAGUGGCUGGAUGAAAUGGAUCCCAAAUUUCAGAUAGCUAGGAGAAUGAAAAAUCUGACAAGAAGACAUGCUAAUGAAGCUGAGUAUCUUUUGAAGCAUCAACUUGAAGAUGCAGAAAAACUGCAUAGAUACCAGGACGAGAUCUUGAAAGCCAACAGUAACAAGUACGAGAUGAUCGAUGAGGUGGUGGUUGAUGGUACUGCUGAUAAGUUGGCACAGCGGUAUAAUAUCCGGCUCGUAGAUUGUUGA